AUGAUGCAUAAAAUCUUAAAUAGAUAUGUUUAUUCAGAAGAUGAUGAAAUAGGUCGCGGGGCUUAUGGAAUAGUCUUUAAAGGCCUUGAUUGCAUUACGAAAUAAUGUGUAGCAAUAAAAUGUAUACUGUAUUUUAAAUCGUAGUACUGAAUACAGAUGAUUUAUAGGAUGAGGAUUCCAUUUGCAAAUUUCAAAAUGAAAUGAGCAUAAUCAAAGAUUUACAAAGUUCAAAUAUCAUAAAAUUCAUAGAUUGUUACUCUGAUAUAAAACAAAAUGUAUAUUUAAAAUAUACGUUAGAUUGCUGUCUUUGAUUAUUGUGAUGGUGGAGAUUUGUUGUUAUUUCUUGAAAGAAAUUAAAAUUCAUUAGAUGAAGAAACAGCCUUAAGAAUAUUGAUCUAAAUAGUUAAUGCAUUCAGAGAAAUUAUAACAAAAGGUUAUAUUCAUAGAGAUGUUAAACCAGCCAAUAUUUUGAUAAAAAAUGGAAUUUUUAUGAUGGCUGACUUUGGAUUCGCUCUAAAGGCUACUCCUUACGAAUAUUUUUAAUAACCUGUUGGUACUCCUUUGUAUAUGUCACCUUAAUUACUUGAUAAUGUCCCAUAUACGUCUAAAUGUGAUAUAUGGUCUAUAGGAAUUAUAGCAUAUUAAUUAGUUUAUGGAAAGUAACCCUGGCCUUAUGGAGAUUAUAAAUCUUAUCUAAAGAAUAUACGAUGCUAUCCUAUUAGAUUUCCUGUAGGGAAAACAGUGUCUGAUUAAUAUAAAAGUACUUAUAUAACAAAAAUAAUAGAUUUCAUAAGAUAAUGUCUCAAAAUUGACGAAAAGUAGAGAUUAAAUUGGCCUGAACUGUUUGAACAUCCAUACUUUGAUAGAGCUUUGAAAUAAAAUAUCAAAGUAAUAAUAAAAUUAUAUAAAUUAGAAUAUUUAAGAUUAAAACGGAUUUGAUAAUUAUAUAUUAGAACAUUUACAGCUUAUAAUAAAAAUAAGAAAAUUAAAUUAUGAAGAGUAACUUAAAUUAUUUGAUAUCAACUAAGAAGGAACUUUAAGUUAGAAUUAAUUUUUUAAAUUUAUUUAAAGAAUAGAUCCUUCAUUAACCGAUCAAGAGUUAUUUAGUAUUUAUAAGUUAUUGGAUGUAUAAAAAUAGUAGAAGGUAAGUUCAAAUUAAUUUAAAAUACUUUUCAAUAGUAACGAAUCAAAUGAAUUUAAAGAAACAUAUAAGAAAUUUAUUUAAGAAUUUUAAGAUUUGGUUUAAAUAAAUAAAUUAAAAAUUGAAAAUAUAUUUAAUUUUUAUGAUAAAAAACAAGUUGGAAGAUUAGGAUUUGAAGAAUUCUCUAAAUUAAUAUAUAGAGUGAAACCAACAUUAUUAAAAAAUGAAAUAGUAUUUGUAAAUUAAUAUGUUAUAUGUUAGAUAUUUGCAAAAUUUGAUAAAGAAAAUGUUAAUUCAAUAAGUUUAGAGGAUUUUAAAAGAAUAGUAAGUCCUUAAUAGACAGUAGUAGAUAAAAUAAUGUUAAAAGUAUCAUAUUUAAUUAAAUAAGAAAAUAAAAUAAGACAUUAUAUAAUAUAUGAGAUAAAACAAUUUAACAAAUGAAAAUAUAUUUAAAAAGUACAACAAAAGUAGAUCAUACAAACUCAAUCUGGAAGAAUUUAGACUAUUUUGCAAAGAGUUUAACAACAUACUAUAAAAUAAUGAAAUAAAAUAACUAUUUAAAUAAGUGGAUAAAAAUAAUGAUAGGGUUUUAAGUUAUGAAGAAUUCAAUAAUUUUUUUAAUUGA